AGAAACAUCUCUUUCCGUUUAGCCCCGAUAACAGUUCCGACGACACCCCCAACCACCCCUCCCUUACCAACCCCAGGAGGAGGAGGAUCAUCAUCAGACAGCGAUUGCGGAUCUAGACCGUCUAUGUCACGUAUUGUUGGCGGUAGCGCGGCUGAAAUAGGCAGCUGGCCGUGGCAAGCUAUGUUAGCCAGCCCUGGUGGAAGGCAGUUCUGUGGGGGAUCUCUUAUUGACGAAAAUUGGGUGUUGACGGCCGCCCACUGUGUGUACGGUUCUUCAGAAGAUCGUGUUGUUAUAAGGAUGGGUGCUCACAAAAUUACGGACAUCGGGCAAGAAAUUCAAGUGCAAAAAAUAAUUAAGCACGAGAAUUACAACCCUAAUAAUUUCCAGAACGACAUCGCACUACUUAAACUGACUGAAAGUGCGAAGAUCGACAAGGGUGUAGGACGCGUAUGCCUGCCUGACGCAAACCUGUCCCUAGUGCCGGGAAAGAAGUGCUACAUUACAGGAUGGGGAACGCUGCAAAGCGGGGGUGAACAGCCAGAUGAACUCCAAGAAGCGUCGGUACCGAUCGUAUCUCAUGCACAAUGUCAGCAGGCCUACGGAGGAAGCAUUCAUGAGUCCAUGAUCUGCGCUGGUCUUGACAUGGGAGGAAUCGAUGCUUGCCAAGGUGACAGUGGCGGACCUAUGGUGUGCGAAUUCAGUGGCAAAUGGUACCUCGAGGGGGCUACCAGCUGGGGGCACGGAUGCGCACUACCUAACAAGUUUGGAGUUUAUGCUAAAGUGCGUUACUUGAAAGACUGGGUCACAGACAAGAUGAAAAACAACUAGAAUGAAUACCUGACGUCCAUGUUAGACUACUGACGUACCACAAAUGAAAAAAAAAAUGUGUGUUUUCUUUGGGGUAGAAAUAAUAAAGGGAUAAGAAAAUA